CCGAGCCAAACCGGGGCCGCGGCCGGUGCGGGCGGGAUAGGCGGCCGAGCGGGCCGGGCAGCGAUGGCGGAGGCUGGCGGCGACGAUGGCCGCUGCGUCCGGCUCAGUGCCGAUAGGGCUCAGGCACUGCUGGCCGACGUGGACACGCUGCUCUUCGACUGCGACGGCGUGCUGUGGCGAGGGGAGACCGCCGUGCCCGGCGCGCCCGAGGCUCUGACCGCGCUGCGGGCCCGGGGCAAGCGGCUGGGCUUCGUGACCAACAACAGCAGCAAGACCCGCGAGGCCUACGCCGAGAAGCUGAAGCGCCUGGGCUUUGGCGGUCCCGCGGGGCCCGGCGCCGGCCUCGAGGUGUUCGGCACGGCCUACUGCGCCGCCCUCUACCUCCGGCAGCGCCUGGAGGGCGGCGGGGUCCCGGCCAAGGCCUACGUGCUGGGCAGCCCGGCCCUGGCCGCCGAGCUGGAGGCCGUGGGCAUCGCGAGCGUGGGCGUGGGGCCCGAACCCUUGCAGGGCGCCGGUCCCGGGGACUGGCUGGCGGAGCCCUUGGAGCCUGGCGUGGGCGCAGUGGUGGUGGGCUUCGACCCCCACUUCAGCUACGCGAAGCUGACCAAGGCGGUGCGCUACCUCCAACAACCGGGCUGCCUCCUCGUGGGCACCAACAUGGACAACCGGCUGCCGUUGGAGGGCGGAAGCUACAUUGCCGGUACCGGCUGUCUGGUCCGAGCGGUGGAGAUGGCUGCCCAGCGGCAGGCGGAGAUCAUAGGUAAGCCCAGCAGAUUCAUCUUCGAUUGUGUGGCCAAGGAGUUCGGCCUCAACCCAGACCGUACCGUCAUGGUGGGAGACCGUCUAGACACAGACAUCCUCCUGGGGGUUACCUGUGGCCUCAAGACCAUCUUGACUCUUACCGGGGUCUCCAGCCUGGAGGAUGUGAAAGGCAACCAGCAAAGUGACUGUUCUUCUAGGAACAAAAUGGUUCCUGAUUUCUAUGUCGACAGCAUAGCCGACCUUAUACCAGCUCUUGAAGAUUAGAGAGUUACAGUGUCUUUAAUCUCCAAAAUAAAAAAUAAAAAAUCAGUUACCUUAAUUAAUGGGUGGGCUUGAGCAUGUACUCGUCUAGAGAGGAGUACAAAGAAUGUAUUGGAAUUUUAAAAAUCUUAGUUUGUAAACUCUGCAAUUGAGCUGGGGAGGGGGGCGGUCAAGCAAAGGGGAUGAUUUUGUUUACAAAUUUCCUCUAUUUUAAGAUGCACUUUGAAAAGGAGGGAAACAUUGUAGUGGCUCCUGACUGUAUUUUGUUGGGAGGGAGGGCCCACCGCAAUACCUGCCUCCCAGGGAUUCAGCUAACUUCAGAGUUGUAACUGAAGCUGCAGAGUUAGGAAAGGGAGAGUAUAUCAGACUUGUGUUUAAAUUUAUCUUUCAGAAAUAUCUGAAAUUCAAAGUUUAUUCAGGGAUAAGCCUUUUUUCAGGCAGGGAGGUGGGGCUAUUUUGUGACUUCUGAGAACUGAUAGAAACCAAACUAGGCCGGACCUCAACACCUUUUUGUCCUUGGCGAGCCUCGGCUUAGAGAGGCCUUUGCCUUAGUGUUGCCAAGACUUGGGGAAGGAGGAGGGCACAUUCCCAUUUGGAAACCCUUCAUUAAGGUUCUGUCCCCAUUUCUUACCCCUCCCCUUUCAAUUCAACUGCACUCUGAUUGAUGUCACAAAUGGGCAUUUGUUGCAUUUCAAACUCGGGGCCCUUGGGCCUUGCCUUGCCUCCAUCCAGAUGUAUCUGUAAAAUCUCAGGAUAACUCAGAAAACCUGAGGACGUCUCAAUCCAUCUUCAAUAUUUAUUUAAAAUAUUAAGUGAAGUUUAUUAUAUAGAACAGUUUUAUGAAGUGCGUGCUAGAGAGAAUGUAAAUGGUGUCCACUUUACCCAGUCUCCUUGUUUUAGUACCGCUGUUUAGUGAACUGAAAGUGGGUAUUGGUACCAAAAACUUAUUUUUUUACUUUUGAACAACUUUGUAAAGUGGUGGAAUUAAAUCUUAAUGUAUUACUUGCUGUUCUCAUGUCCUAAGAAGAAUAUUUUAAGGGAUUUCAAAUACUUGCUUAGGACAUGUGCUGGCAGUGCUUCUGUGGGUGGUGAAAGAGCUUCAGGGUCUCCUUUAGGCAGGCCAGGCUUCUGACUCUCAUUGUAAAGAGAAGCUUAGAGCCCUGACAAAGGUGCCUCAUCUUAAGGAACAACUUGCAUAACUGCACCUGUGUCUGGUAGUGGGAACAGCCAGGGAGGGUGGGGUCCUUGUAAGCAGAAGGCCAAAGCAGUGCAAGGCUGUAUGGAGCUUUGCAGUCUAUGAGACCCAAGACACACACAGCAUACUACCUGGGGUUUAGAUGCCAGAAAUGUAAAUUUUGUCACCUGCCCUAAACAAGGGCAAUGGAGAGAUACUUGGGUGCCUAUAGAAGCUGGAAAUAUGCACCACCAUUUGGAGCUUCCUGUGGAGGCUGAAAGGGCAUCCUCUGGCUUCUGAUCUUUUCCUGGGCCAUAGGAUACCAUGGAAAUAUGGUUCUGUACUAGAAAAAGCUGAUAGAAAAACUCUCCAAACAGUGCUAAUGGGGUUGCACAGCAUGAUGGUAGGACUUCACAGGAAAAUUCACACUUGACCAUGGAUGGAUGUUCCCAUAAGCAAUAAAUACACAGGACUUACUUACACCUGUCUCUUCAGCUUCUUCCAUAGUCUCAGCUACAGACAGUAAGUAGGUACUGUUAUUUGGCACUGUCAGCUGUGUCUGCUAUGCAUCCCAGUUUUCCUCUCCAUGUGAUUUACAGAAAGUAAAUUUUUGUGGUUCAAAAGCAUGGCUCUGCCAAAUCAGGUCAAGGGUUCUUAACAAUAUUAAGAGUGUUACAACCCAAAGUCUAAAGUAGAGGGAGUAGGUAUAUCAUAUUGCCUGUUUGGGUUAGUUUUCUAGGUCAGAAGCCUCAGACCCUUGGUUGUCCUACCUGCCAUGGAACUGUACUGGUGAAAUGUUUGUGAAUCUUCCAUGCCCUUUGGGGUUCAUCCCACUGUAUUUACCUGAAUUCAUAUUAAACUUUCAAACCUGCUCAGA